ACCCAACAAUCAUUCAUCCUGGGACCUCUUCCAGGCUCCUUCGCCCCACGAGGAACUUUUGGCAGAAGGGAACCCAGGGAGGGCCACCAUGAGGGCCGUGCUCUGGGACCUGCUGCUGCUCUGCCUCUUUGCCAGGGCCCGGGGGGACUGCCGGGGGGACUGCCUGCACUGUGACCGCCACCUCUACCGCGACACCUUCGAUGUCCUCAUCUGCAUCCUGGAAUGUGAAGGCGAAGCCGUCCCAAGGGCCACCUGGGAGCUUUGUGCCGCUGCCGCCACCGCCGGCCGGGCUGUCCCCAGGCCUCGUGACCUCCAUGGCGUCGGUGACCCCUGGCCUGGGGUGGCGGUGCCACCGCUGAACCCUCAGCAGCUGCCCGAGCUCCAGCGACGUCGGGAAAGGGAGGAAGAAGAAGAAGAAGAAGAAGAAGAGUUGGAAACGGCCCCGGGCUCCUUCCCUCGACCACCCGAGGACAUUUCCCGACGCCUCGGCGGGUUCUUCCGGGGGCCGCGCGGGUCUAGGCCCGGGGCGACGGCCCGGGGGGUGCAGAAGAGAUACGGGGGCUUCAUCGGGGUCCGAAAGUCUGCGAGGAAGUGGAACAACCAGAAGAGGUUUAGCGAGUUCCUGAAGCAGUACCUGGGCAUGUCGCCCCGUUCCAGUGAGUACGAGCUUGGCGGCGGCAUCGGCGAACACAACGAGAUCUAACGGAGAGCCCGCCAAAAAGUCAACCCUCUUAAACCCCUCUACACUGCA